AGACCUCGGUCGACGCCUCUGGUCACCGCCCAUCCCCUCGGCGGCGCCGAAGCGUUCCGCCGCCAGCCGCAGCCGAUGAGACCGGCGAUCCUACGUGCUCCUCUUCUUUGCAGUGUCUUCCUGGAGAUAGCUGCUGCCUUUGAUCUCCUGUCGUCGAUAGGAAGAUUCUUCAAUGUGGCAUCAGAUGAGGCGGUUCCGAGCAGCGAGAGCAGCCCCGCACCCUACGCACUCUUCACGCAUGAAGCGGGGCAACUCCACUGCGACGACCGCACCUUGAGGCACCCAUGUGUGGCAGAGCUCAAAGCCUUCCUCGAGGACAAGAACCACACACAGAAGCGACAGAACGCCUUAAGCUGUGUGCACGAGGUCAUGGAGACCUCCCAGGACUACUGGGAGCUCAAGAAUAUGACCCACCUUCUCUUGGACUUGGACACCAAAGAUCACGUCUUUGACAAGGAGUCUCGCGACAACGACUUCAUCUCUGCGGGCAUCGGCUUCGCCAAGAAGCUGAUGGCGCAUCCCGAGUGCCUCAACGAUUUUGACACCAAGGGAGAGCUCGAGUGCCGCUGCGUGCCUUUGUAUGGCAAAGUGAGCACGCUGAAGCUCAAGAAUGCUGGGAAGUUGGAGGAGGCACAGGAACUGUUUCAGCAAGUGAGAGACAUGGCAUGGCAAGGUCGCGAGCGCCAGUACGCGCCUGGGGAGGCCGUGCCCUGGGAUGAUUUCCACCAUACGCCUCAGAUCUGGGUGCGUGGCCUCCGAAGCAUGCCGGUGUGGCCGCGCGCGACCUGGAAGGAUUUGCCCAUUUGCAGCCUUUUAGAGGAGCACUUCCCCAUCAUCCAAGAGGAGACCGCUAGAGCGCUGGCCAACGAAGCCACAUCAGGUUUUGAGGAUGCAUACCGAUUCCUCUACGAGAAGGGGGAAUGGAAUCGGGUUCUUCUCUACCACGGCAGAAAGUUCACUGAAGAAUGCGACCGUGUUUUCCCCAAGACCUGUGCCCUGCUCAGGAAGUGGCUUCCAUCAAAGCCUGGCUUGCCCUGGACAUCGGACCAGAAUGAGCAGGUCAUGGUCAUCAAGAUGAAGCAGGGCACGGAUGUGGAGACCCAUUCGGGGCCGGCCAACAACAUCCUCAACAUCCACCUGGGCAUCUCGGGGCUGGAGGGCGCCAAGCUCUUCGUGGCCAACGAGACCUAUAGCUGGGAUCAGGGCAAGGUCAUCGCCUGGGAUGGUAGUUGAGAGCUCAGCCCUUUCAGCCGCCCUGGACUGUGGACCCGCCGUGCGUCGCAGCCGGAAAUUGGAAACGAAUCAAACAGCGAGGCCAGGCAGGCUGAGGUGAUGAGGGUGAUGUUGGGUUCGGUUUGAAGCCUUGAAAGACAGCUUUCGGGGACUGAGGAAAUUAGAAGGAUCUCAAAGUCUCUCAACUUCUCAGAUCCCUACCGGGACCAUCCUAUUGGGUGUCUCAUGGUGUCUCCAUAGGUCUGGCUGGACUACCCUACACAUCCCUAAUCCCUACACUACCUAGCAAUUUGCAGACAGGAUGGUCCAGGGAGGUUUCAUUGAAGAAACGAACGGUUUCUUAUGGUUUCUUCCCCUCACGGUUUCUUCCCCUCAACUUUCUGCGGGACCCGGGACCCGAUGUUUGUGUCUACGCGUCCAACGCGUCGCGGUCCGAGGCUAUGACCACCGAGUUCAUUGCCUAGACUGCAAGGAGACACGAGUCAUCAUGAUGGUGAGAUAUAUGCAUCCGGACAUGUCGCCGGAGCACUACAAGGGACACACGAGGACACACUUCGAAGAGAUCCCCAUCGAGAUGCAGUGAGGAUCCUUUUGAAUUAUUUCUUAAUGCGGAAUUGCCCAAGGCGGCAACAGACAGCACAAAAAAAGGCCUGUGUGCUUGUUGUUGCGCAACAGCACAUUGGGGCCUGAGCUUGUCUCCCUGUGAGAUCACAGAGAGCAAGCAUGUUCAUAGAGGAGAGUUGCUUGCUGGUUCGGUCAAGUGGGAUUGUUCUUGGCAAUGUGG